AUGUCAAAGUUUACCGAAUCUUUAUUCGGAUGCUGCUCAGAUAUCAAAGUUUGUUUGUGGGGAGGCUGCGUUCCUUGUGGGCCUUACUGCUUGCAAGGAUACGCUAUAAAAGCUGCAACUAAAGGUGCUGAAGGUUGUUGUAUGCCUUGCCUGAUUGGUAGCUUCUUAGGAUGUAUUGGAGGAGCAAUAAAUAGAUCAAGAAUUCGUCAAUUGCUUACUAUAGAAGGAAGUUUGUUAAAUGAUUGCUGUGUUCAUUGAUUCUGUAGCCCUUGUGCAUCAUGUCAAGAGUAUAGAGAAGCCGAAAAAAUUAUACUAAUUGCCCGAGAAUGGUGCUAUUUGCGCCAUUCUCUGCCGAUAUGGAAAAUCGGCUCCACACGGGAAUGAUUUUCCACGUGUGGAGCCAUUUUUUCACACGUGGAAGUCAGGAUUCUCACGUGUGAAAAAAUGGCUCCACAUGUGGAAAAUCUUUCCCGUGUGGAGCUGAUUUUCGGUUGCCCGAGGAUGGCGCAAAUAGCGCCAUCCUCGGGCAAUUUCUAUACUUAA